AUGGGAGUUAUCUCUAUCCCGAACUACAAGGAACAAGAUACGCCCCCGCGGGGACUGUACUCGCAUGUGUUGUGGGGCCUGUGGGGUAUUGAUGUUGGUAAUCAGCUGGAACGAGUGGUCUGCGUCUAUAGGGACGCCAUCAAGUACAACCACGACUUCUACAACACUGAAUUUCUACCUCUCUUCAAUGUCAUCCAACUCACAGAGACAGACCGUGUAGGGUUUAUAGAGGCCCUCAAAUCGAAGAAAUACGGUAGCUUCUCCGCAAUAUUCCGCCCUCAUUUCCAAACAGGCGGCUUUAUGGGCCAGUGGAACACCGAACUGAUCUCACUACUACCCUCAAGUGUCCGCAUCUUUGCAUCAGCUGGUGCAGGCUUCAACUGGGCCGACGUGGACACUCUCGGAGAGCGAAAGAUCUGGUACACCAAUGGCGCCGGCGCAUCAGACGAGGCCGUCUCCGACACCGCACUAUACAUGAUUCUCAGCGUAUUCCGAAACUUCACCCAGUCCCAGUUGGCAGCUAGAACUGCGGAUCCCGAGAAAUUCAUGGAGACUCAUAAGUUGAUUGCGACGAUUUCGCAUAACCCGCGCGGCCAUGUGCUUGGUGUCGUUGGGUUUGGAAAUAUUAGUAAGAAGCUGGCGUUCAAGGCACGGAUGGCGCUUGGAAUGAAGAUUCACUAUUUUGAUAUUGUGCGAGCGGAUGCGAAGGAAGAAGAAGAGUUGGUUGCGACUUAUCACGAUUCUUUGGAUGGGCUGUUGAAGGUGGCUGAUUGUAUUUCUUUACACACGCCACUCAAUAAGCAUACGCAUGACAUGAUAGAUUCAAGGGCAUUGUCCUUGAUGAAACCUGGGAGCAGGAUUGUUAACACCGCGAGAGGGCCGGUUGUUAAUGAGGAGGCUUUAAUUCGUGCUCUUGAGACUGAACACCUUUCUGCUGCUGCGCUGGACGUGCAUUAUCAUGAGCCACAGGUGUCGCGGAGAUUGGCGAGUAUGGAGAAUGUCACGCUCACUACGCAUAUUGGUGGAGGGGCUUUGGACACAAGAAUCAAUUUUGAACUCAAUGCUAUGCGUAACAUCAUUGCGGUGGUGGGACCGGAUGGUGGGUUUGCAGGGGAGCCUUUGACACCUGUGAAUAGAAAGGCAUUUGAGACAGCAGGGUAA